AUGUCUUCUUCACUCUCCUAUGAAUGGUUUGAACAAGAACCACUCAUACUCAAUGUACUUUCCUUUAUACAUCCAAAAUAUGUCUUUUUUAAUACUGUAGAAUGUAAAGGAGAAAAAAAGAAUUAUAAAUUUGCUCCAUUGUGGAUGGUCAACAAGUUGUGGAAGGAAUUACUCUUCUCCGAACGUUUUUGUAAAUUGUAUUAUGUAAAUUGUUUGUGUGGUGGUAGUGAUACUGUAUUACCUUUUGCACCUGAUGCAGGUAUUGUAGCUGCAGUAACUCGGCCCGAGAAGAGGAAGAAAAGGAAUAGAUACAACUUUAAUCCAUACAUGGAUUUUGCUAUGGAUGAAGGCUUGAAUACAUUCACGAAUGAUUAUGAUGAUUUCGAUUCAGAUGAAGAAGAUGAAGAAGCUCAUUUGAAGACAUUUUCUGAUAACCAUGUUGUAUUUAGAAUCCGAGAUGAUGAUGAUGAUAUUUCUGAUGAUGAAUAUUAUAUAAUGACGGGAGAGGACAGUCCUUGUACAAGUUUCAUGAAGCAUUUGAAAAGUAAUGCUAAGGAUCAAGCAACUUUGAAUCAAAUUGCCAUGAGAGCCAUUAGGAGAGCUUACUUGUCGAUAUAUCCUAAUCUAAACUUUACUGAUAACUUUUUCCAAUUAUUGAGUAUUUUACGUGGUGCAUUAGUUGUCUAUGAAGGAUAUAAUUUUAAAGUCAAGACUAAAAUGGAAGAUUUAAUGAAUUCUUACAAGGAAUACUUCCCUGGAGGUGAUUUACAACAAUUGGAAUCAGAAUUAUGUGAAUCAGGUUUAAGGGCAAUUCAAACCAGUGGUUGUAAGGAAACACUUAUUUCAAAUAUUCAUAGAUGUUUAAAUUAUAUUCCCUAUUAUCAACAUAAUGAAGUUAGUUGUAAUUUGAGAAAGGCAAAAUUAUACAACAUGUUUAGAGAUUCACAGAAUUAUAUAUUUGGAGAAAUCUACGAAAAUGUCAUCAUUUUCAAAGAUGAUGGAAAUGUAUUAUUUUAUAAUAAUGCCACUCCUAAUGAAACUCUGUUAAAUGGUUUGACAACUGCCACAGUCAGUACUGACUCAACAACUCAUUAUAUUAAUACUUGUUUCAAUGAAAAAGAAAUUACUCAAGACAUUUCAUUAAUGCUAGAAGACAUGUUCAUAAUAAUGAAUCGAAUGUUCGAAAUUAGUCAAGGGCAGAAAAUCAGAAAUAUAGAGCAACCAGAAAAAACAGCUUACAGUUAUUAUACCAAUAUUGUCAAGCCAAAAAUGCUUAUAGAAAAUCCAGAUAAAUCCAGAAAAGAGAUUGUGUCAAUGGUUAGCAAAAUGUGGAAAGAGCUGCCAACAAAUGAAAAGGAUGCAUAUAAGAAAAAAUUGGAAGAAAAGAAAGCUCAAUAUAUUCAAAGUGUUACAAAUCAAACCGUUUCUGUUAGAGGGCUACAUAACACUGAACAAACGAUACAAUUCAAAAGAAUUAGAGAAGAUGGGAAUAUUCCUGUCACAUUCCUCCAACAUUCACAUUUCUUCGGUGGAGGAGGGAUGAUUGCUCCUCCUUCCAAGUUCAGAAGAUUUUAUUGA